AUACGGAAAGAAAUAAAAUCUUGAAAGUUCUGGUUUCGCCAGAAUCUUUAUUAUUCUCUUUGCAUCUCGUUCAGAUUCAUUCGGAAGUGGCGGCCACGUCAAUGUUUUUUCCCAGAAAUACAAAAUUCACGUUACGUCAAUUUAAAAAUCGAUUAUUAUUGACAGAAGAUCGUUUUCCCGUGACGUGAGUGCGUUAAUGGGAAACGUGUCGCCAAGCGUGAACAAUAGCACGUGUUUCUAUCCUCGUUCGACUCGACACCGCUAGGAAUCGGUUCCUCUUUCGCGCUAUCCUUCGAGAGAGAGUUACUCUUCUCUCCGUUAGUGCGUGUCUCACCCUCACGGAUGACACUUUGUUGGGGGCUCUGCGUCGAAAGUUUUCACUCGUUGCCACGAAUUUCGUAUACUGCCUCUGAGUGUGAUGCGGCACGUUGGUCAUAUUUCUCUUGAAAAAAAUUUGUAAAAAAGUUACGCAUCCCUACGCGUGCGUUCGUUCUUCUUCUUUUUCGUUUUUUUUUUUUGGCGAUAAAGAUGGAUAAGUGGAUCAUUGUUGCUCGUGUGCACGGAAUUUCAACGUCUUCUUGUUUAGUUGGAUCUUCCAUCGUGAAUUGUGAAUAAAGUACUAUUGAUUGUUUUGUGAUUACGUGAUUUUGUGUAAAUAUUGGUAAUAAAAAGAAGAAAAAAAAAAGUUAUUAGAAGAAAUGAACGCGGAGGAAGUAAAAGUAGGAUGCUUUCAAGUAGUUAUAGUGCUGUUCCUUGGCAUCAAUUAUGUCAUAGUUGCGAUGAGCCACGCAUUGCCGGUAUUUCAUAAUUAUACGCCUAAAUUUUAUUGUCAGGCGAAAAAUGGAACGAAACGAACGUAUGGCUGCCAAGAGCUUGACAAUAUAACUCUUACAGCCAACGAGACUUCCGGUUUCAAAGAAUCUACGAAUACAGACUUGUGUUUCGGCGAGUAUCAAUUUGCAACCGAAUUCGGAGAGAAUAGCGUAGUGACGGAAUGGCGUCUAGUUUGUGAAAAACGGUAUUUGACGUUUCUUGGGCCGACCGUUUACUAUAUCGGGGUUUUAAUGGGCGCUUGGAUCGCUGGACUUUUGGCAGAUCGUAUUGGCAGACUUCCGGUUCAAGCGCUUUGUCUUUACACUCAGGGCACGAUGGCUGUUGCGUUAUACGUUGUACAGAAUUAUCCCACGUUUUUGGCUCUUCGUGGAUUGCAAGGUGUCUUUGUCCAGGGUCUACAAAAUUCGACGUAUAUUCUUUCUUUGGAACUGUUCCCUGCCAAGGCACGGACUUUCGUUGCGUUAGUUAUGCAAAUUGCAUGGGCUAUUGGCUUGAUACUUCUAGCUGCACUCAGUUACAUUAUACCCGACUGGAGAAUAUUGCAAUUAGCAGUUUCAGUUCCCACCGCAAUAACUGUACUUUACAUUUGGAUGAUACCAGAAUCGCCAAGAUGGUUACUGGCAAAGGGAAAAACAACGGAAGCAGAUAUGGCGUUGGAACGUAUCGCGAAAUACAAUGUCUGUUGCACUAGAUUAUCUCGAGGAGAACGUGUUAAAUCGGAUGCAAACGUUCUCGAGAGCGCGAUGCCGACGAAACGAAGGAAGUCGCGCGUCUCGUGUGCAGACUUGAAGAAAUCGAAAACCGAUAACGAAAUGAAAGAAGAAGCUGCGAAUUUGCUGAAUAGUAAUACAACGGAUACGCUUCAACAAAAAGUUCGAAAAACAAGUUUGAGAGCGAUUUCAGAAAAUUUAGAAAGCAAGCUUGGCAAAACGGAAUCAGAGGUGGAGUCGAAGCAAUACGAAAAUGAAGAAAUGGAAAAGAGGAAUAUCGCAUCGAGCUCGAAAAGUCAUCGAAAAUCGAAAUCGAUAUCGCAGCCAGCUGGAAGUCAAAGACUUUCGAUAAAAAAUGCGUAUGAUACCGUAGAAUUACGGGCGCCGAUAAAAAAAGUAACGAGCAAAGAUGAGUAUAAGAAAAAGUGUAAUAAGAUCGAAGAAAAAUCCAGUAACGUGCAAACAAAAGAAGAAUUGUUGGAAUUGUUUAAAUCUAUGCUGUUGAAAAAAUACGGCAUUAUAAUGAUGUAUCAAUGGUUCACAUCUUCUGUAGCAUGUUGUGUCUUUAUGACACUCGUUCCAAAUUUCUCUUUUAAUAGGCAUAUCGUUUUUGCAUUAGGAGGAGCAUUAGAAAUUGCAACUUACAUCUUUCUCUAUUUCAUAUUGUCUAGAUAUGGCAGACGAUUGUCAAUGUCAGCAUAUCAAUCAAUUACAGGUGCAAUUUGCAUCUUAUUAGCAGCCAUAAUUAUCUUAUCGAAUCCCACAACUGCAAUUGAUCUCACGAAGACCAUUAUACUUUUACUCGGUAGAAUAGCAGUAAUGAGCACCGUUUCCAUAACAUACUUGUAUACGGUCGAGAUAUUUCCGACAGUUGUGCGAGGAACUUGCUUAGGCUUAUGCAUCGUUUUCGCGAAAAUCGGCAGUUUAUGUACGCCACACGAAUUAUUAUCGGGAGAAUAUUUUCCAGUUACCAUUCCAUUAAUAAUUAUUGGAAUGCUCUGCUUAGGAUCUGGGGCAUUUGCUUUAAUUUUACCAGAAACUUUAAACAAGAUUUUACCAGAUACAACGGAGGAUUCUGAACUGUUGAUUGUAAGAAGGAGAGAUAAAGAAAAGAAAAAUAAUGAAAAUUUAAACAGUGAGAAUGCGCCUGACAUCGAGGAUGCUUCGGAAAGGGAAAUACUUAGAGCGAAAUUAUUUUCGGAAGAUUGGGUGGAUGCGGGAAAUGGCAUUUUAGUGAAUUUCACAGAGAAUAAGAAUUCUGAGUGAAAUAUUUCAAAUUUUAUAUAGGAUAAAUUAAUAUCACAUUGUCAUAAAUAUAUUGACAAAUUGUGACUAAUCAUUUGAUAA